AAGAACAGUGAAACUGAAAAAGGAAAAAGGCACGCGGAAGCAGAGCAACAAUCCUCUGCUCAAAAACUGAAACGCCAUUUUCCCUGUUCCCAAUUUCAAUUUUUUUUCAAAACUAAUUUUGAAAUCCGAUUCUUCCAUCCCCUUCUCCGAUUCUCCAUCUCCGACGCCGAUUACCGGCGGUUCUCUCAGUCUUUUAGACGAACUGGAAGAGAUUUCGGAAAAAUGUUAUGUAGAAUCGUGACAGUCUCGAGCAGGAAGAAGAUUGGUGCGGUUCCGGUUUAUCUCAAUGUGUACGAUUUAACGCCGAUUAAUGGAUAUGCCUAUUGGCUUGGCCUCGGUGUCUACCAUUCCGGCGUACAAGUUCAUGGAGUUGAGUACGCAUUUGGAGCUCAUGAGCAUGCGACUACAGGAAUAUUCGAAGUGGAACCAAAGCAGUGUCCAGGAUUCACAUACAGAAAAUCAAUUUUAAUAGGAAGAACAAAUCUCAGUCCUAGAGAGAUUCGAUCAUUCAUGGAGAAACUGGCUGAAGAGUAUUCUGGAAAUACCUACCAUCUCAUCACCAAGAACUGUAACCAUUUCUGCAACGACGUUUGUCUCAGAUUGACAGGAAAGCCAAUCCCCAGAUGGGUUAAUCGUCUUGCUCGACUCGGCCUUCUAUGCAACUGUGUUCUACCAGUAGGAUUGAAUGAAAUGAAAGUUCGUCAAGUGAAGCCAGAGAACAGAGAGAAGAAGAAACUGAGAACCCAAUCAAGUAGAUAUCCAUCUGGUUCAAAUUCUGCAGCUGCAGCAACUCCUCCAUUAUUGACAUCAAAAGCUUCCAAUUCCAUGGUUAGAACAAGUAAACAAAGAUAUUCUGCUCCACCUUCUUCUAUUUUGGUCUCUUCUUCAACCCCCACAUUCCUGUUGAAGCUGUAAUGUAUGGGUUUGGAUUAUUCCCAAAAACUCUGGAGUUUUUAAGUUUUAAUGUUGAAAAAUAGGUUUAUAUUUUGCGUAUGAUGUGUUUGCAAAUUGUUUUAUUGGUUAUGGAAUGUUGGAGAUGAUGUGGUUUCAUC